CUUCUUUCACACGACUCCACGAUUCUCUGUACCACUGGUGGUAUGCUCACCCAGCCUCAAGCUAGAGCAUGCUCAAAGAGUUUUCAAACCCCUGAAGCGAUUUGUAAAUGUUUGUUGAGAGCAUCCAUCUCCUGCAGACAACUGCACUUUCGACGUCAUGCCUCCUCGAAUGAAGCAAACUCCUCGAGGGCCUCCAGGACCCGUCGGUGGCAGACACGAUUCACAAGCUUCAUCUUUGCCCUCGCCGGGUAUUGCAACUCCUAACAAUGAACAUGUAUCGUUGACCUCAUCCGAAAGUGGCUCCUCAGAAUCCUCUCCUCGCGAGCUCCCCGACCAGCUCAUCGAAUUCGUUUCCCAGCAGAACAAUGUCUCCGAACCUCCUCGUAAGCGACAGAAAUUUAAAACUGCGAGCUCGCUGCCGACCAAGGACCCUGAACUCGAACAUAUAAUAGUUCACCAGUGUCGCUGGGAGAUUCGGUGUGUUGGGUCCAAGUUAUCCAACUCUGACAUACCCAUGGAAAGGAGUGAUAUUGGACCAUAUGUUUAUUCGACCCAGCCCUGGGGAUCCCCCGCCUCUCUUUAUAUCGUUGGUGAGACGAGACAGCAGGUCUUCCAUGGGAAAAUACCUCUGACGGAAGGCAUGGAAGAUGUUCACCUGGCGCUGCUCGUCCACCAGGAGUCAAGAAAAUGGGCUAGGUUACAGGGCAGACUGUGGACUGAGUUCGGGAUUUCCUUGUACCAGAAAAAUGGACUCGAUUGCAUUGAGUUGAUCUUUACAAUAAAAUGGAAUACGACUACCUCGCCACAUAACGUUCUGCAAGCUACUACUAAGACUCUAGCACUGUUGAAAGUCAUGGCACGAUACUUUCCUGACCAAAAUGUUACCAAAGCCGAGAAAUGGUCUCCUCGGGACUUUUAUCAAAGCGUCCAUUCAACCGAUAAGAACGAUGCAUCCUCAGCCUCCAUGAGAAUUGAAGAGUUGGAGUCGGAAUUAUAUCCGUUCCAGAAGAGAGCUGUUCGGUGGCUUCUACGAAAGGAGGGGGUUGAGUGGUCUGCCAAAGGAGGUGUCAAAGAUGCUUCCAUUCCGAAUGGCAAGGCCUUACCCAACUCAUUCAUCCAAGCGAAAGAUUUCUUUGGUCGGCCAUGUUAUGCCAGCCAUUUAUUUGGAAUUGUUACCCUUGAUGUUGGUCCUUUUCUGGCCUCGGAGCAGCAACUGAAUGGCGGUAUUCUCGCAGAAGAGAUGGGUCUUGGGAAGACGGUCGAGAUGAUUUCUUUGAUCACACUUCACAAGCGUCCCAAUGACGGCACGACCAAUGUUUUCGACCAUUUUACCGGCAGAGACGUGCAAAAAACUGCAGCCACAUUGAUUAUCACUCCACCAUCUAUUCUUCAGCAAUGGAUAUCCGAGAUCAACAGACACGCUCCGCAUCUUAGAGUUUUGCAUUAUGUGGGCAUAAAGGCAAAAAGCAAGGUCAAGCCCUCCGACCUCUUGAAUAAGCUGGCGACAUCAGAUAUCGUUAUCUCAACAUAUUCUGUACUCGCUGCCGAGAUCAAUUUCACGCAAUUGAACCCGACCAAGAAGCUACGCAACGAGUCCAAAUAUCCACGACCGAAAAGCCCCAUCAUGCAAUUAUCUUGGUGGCGGAUUCUCCUGGACGAGGCGCAAAUGGUUGAGAGUGGAGUCAGUAAGGCAGCCGUUGUGGCAAGGAUGAUUCCGCGCGAAAAUGCAUGGUGUGUUACUGGAACGCCUGUGAGGAAAGACGUGAACGAUCUCUUAGGCCUAUUAGUAUUUCUUCGUUAUGAGCCAUAUGCCUCGAUGAAGCACAUCUGGUCCUCACUGAUCUCAUCCCAUAAGAAUGAGUUCCACAAGCUCUUUGGAUCGUUAGCUCUUCGCCAUAACAAGCAGAGUGUCCGUGACGAGCUCAGACUCCCUGCUCAACGAAGAUAUGUAAUCACAAUGCCCUUUACUUCGAUAGAGGAACAACACUACCAAGAGUUAUUCAAUCAGAUGUGUGAAGAGGUCGGGUUGGAUGCUCAAGGGGCACCCCUUUUAGAUAAUUGGAAUCCGGAUGAGGUGUCCGAUGUCAUGCGACGUUGGCUGGUGCGUCUUCGCCAGACCGUCCUUCAUCCUGAGGUUGGAGGCCGAAACAGGCGUGCACUAGGGCAAAAGGAUGGUCCUCUGCGGACUGUAGAUCAAGUGUUGGAUGUGAUGAUGGAUCAAACUGAUGUUUCUAUCCGGGCCGACCAAAGAGCUCUACUCACAUCCAGGCUGCGAAGAGGUCAAUUGUUUGAAAACUCUCCACGAGUUCAGGAAGCUUAUGACAUCUGGGCAGAAGUCGUUACUGAGGCCCGUGCCAUUGUGGAAGAAUGUCGAGCACAGCUUAGCGAAGAGCAAGCAAAAUUCCCAGUUGAUGGAAAGACAUCCUCGGCCAAUCGAAGCUGGCAAGUCUCUGGGACGGAUAGCGAUGAAGAUGAGCAAGAAGAGAUUGAUCCAACUUCGCGUUUGAGCGUUUUCCGAAUGCGACUGAGGAAUGCUUUAGAGAUUGAACACAUGGCGAUAUUCUUUCGUGCGAACGCCUAUUUCCAGAUCAAGUCAAACGAGGACAUGACAAAGCCCGAUACUCUUGAAUUUGAAGCGCUAGAAAAGCUCGAGACCGAGGGCUAUGAUGAGGCUAAGAAGUUGAGGCGCGAAAUUUUGCAAGAGAUCUUUCGAAAAGCGGACAAGCUCAUGAGAACUAUAGCGAAACGAGCUGCUACCCAGACUUUUGCACAAAUUCCCGAAUUCCUUUCUAACCCGCCGAGAGGUGGUCUCGAGAGUCGACGAAUUAUGGAGCAGCUGGAUACCUUAGCCAUCGCCCUUGAUUCCCAGGCAAAUAAACUUGACGAAUGGAGAGAACAAACUGUGCAAUUUCUUCUGCGCUCUCUGGUGGACGAAGAAGAGGGUAUAGAGAUCACAGGAGACGAAUAUGAGGAGUCGACCAAAACACAGGAUGAAGUAAUGGUCUAUGUUCAGGCAUUGAGAGCGGCAAUUGCGGACCGCCACGAUGCCUUGACCGGACAAGAGAACCAGCUCGUUGCACAUGAGAUCAAGACAACACUCCGCCUGGCAAAAGACGGCGAGGGACCUUUCCCAGAGAAAACGCUUGAAUUACUCAACGCCCGAGCACAAUUGAAACCUACGAAAGAAAUGGGCUCUGUUCGCGGAAUCGUUGCUGAGCUCCGGGCCCUAGCAAUGUCGUUGAGACCUGACGCUGAGAACGGCAGCAUGAGAGCGCAAAAUGAGCUUUCAAUUGUCGAGAAACAGCUCAAUGCUACGCAGAAGCAGUUUAGUGAGCAGACUAAAGUUACAGCGGCAUUAGAAAAGGAGGUGGAGCUCUUUACAAACGUGAUGAAUACCCGCUUGGAAUACUACCGGCAAUUGCAAUUUAUCUCCGACACGGUAGCACCAUAUGAAGGCCCAAACAACGAAAGGGUGCUUGCAAGAAUGCUCGAGGACGAAGCAAAACUCUCUCGAAAGAUUGCCACCGCAAAAUCAAAACGACGAUACUUAGAUCAUCUAAGAAUGGAGGCGACAAAUCAAAAAGAACAACGAAUGUGCGUAAUCUGCAGAGAAACAUUUGAAAUUGGAGCGCUUACCGUGUGUGGCCACCAAUAUUGUAAAGAGUGCAUCCAUUUCUGGUGGAGUUCUCACCGCAACUGCCCUGUCUGCAAGCGGAAGUUGAUCCAAGCCGAUCUCCAUGACAUUACUUAUAAGCCACAGGAACUCACAAUUGAAGCUGAGGAGGUCCACGAAGCUCAUGAGAGGUCGUCACCGUCUUCGACAUCAAGGAGAUCUGCCAUCUAUUCCGAAAUCAGCAAGAGCAAACUUGCAGAGAUCAAGAAUAUUGAACUGGACGGGCCAUCUUUCACAACAAAAGUUGAUACCUUAGCCAGGCAUCUCAUGUGGUUGAGGGAGACAGACCCAGGAGCCAAAUCCAUCAUCUACUCUCAAUUCAGGGACUUUCUGGACGUCUUAGCUCGUGCGUUCCAGCGAUUCAGAAUCGGAUUUUCGUCAAUCGACAAGCCCAAUGGUAUCGAGAGAUUUAAGAACGACCCAGGCGUCGAAUGUUUCUUACUCCAUGCUCGAGCGCACAGUUCAGGGUUGAACUUGGUCAACGCAAGCCAUGUCUUCCUCUGUGAGCCCCUUUUGAACACAGCUCUUGAGCUCCAAGCCAUCGCUCGUGUCGAUCGAAUCGGACAACACCAAGAGACGAAUGUCUGGCUUUAUUUGGUAGACGGCACAGUGGAAGAAUCCAUUCACCAGCUCUCUGUCAAGAAACGCAUGGAGCAUAUCGGUCAAAGAUUGUCAGCCGGAAAGGGUAAACAGAAAGAGUUGAGUCCUGAUGAGCUCCUCGACACAAACCUCGAAGAAGCCAAUUCGAUGGAAUUGCAGCAAGCUUCGUUGACUGGUUUGCUAGCCAAAGGCGGCAGAGGGGGUGAAAUGAUUGAGAAAGAGGAUCUGUGGGAUUGUUUGUUUGGUGGUGUUGGACAGCGAAAUACGGCGAUCCGUACGCUGGAGAACGAUCCCGAGAUUCGGCAGCACCUUGCAGCUGAGGCAGCUCAGGAGAGACUGGCUGUUGCUUGAAGAGUCCAGGUGUUGUCCUGGUUGCACUAACUUAUUGGGUAUAUCUAUGGACUUUGCAGGUAAAUUCCUGGGCAAUACAUUUGCAGAAUAGAUAAUAGACACAUGAGCGAACGAACACGCAUAUCUGAAAGAACUUUAACCACUGG